AUGGGACAGAAACCAUCUGUUCCAAAACCAGGAACAAAGAUCCAGGUCAUAGGAGCAGGUCUUCCACGCACUGGAACAGCAUCAUUCAGCGCGGCGCUAGAAACCCUCCUAGACGGACCUAUUUUCCAUGGAGGUACGCAAGCGACUCUAGGUCCACCAGACCAAAUUAAAACAUGGAUGUCAGCACUUAAGCAUUGGGCUGCAGAUAAUGCAUCUGAUAGAAAACCCGUGCUACAGCUCUUGGAGCGCCAAUUGGAUGGAUACGCUGCAACGACCGAUUCACCCGGUGCACAAUUUGUGCCUGAAUUGAUGGAAUUGUAUCCAGAUGCAAAAGUUAUCUGUACAGUGCGAGAUCCGGUAACUUGGGAAAAAUCUAUGAAUCAGAUUAUGCAUUAUACGUUCUUGUGGUUCUUAAGAGGCGUUCUCCUUCCUUUACCUGGCAUGAGACACUUUAUUGAUUACCUUGGCUUGUUGAGUGUGCAGUGGAUCAGACUUUAUGGGGAGGAGAUUCCUACUCGUCAGACUUAUUAUCGUCAUAUUGAGUGGUUGAAGCAGGUUGUUCCUGAGGAACGACUUGUCUUUUAUGAUGUGAAGGAUGGUUGGGAGCCUCUUUGCUCUGCGCUUGGCAAGGAGGUCCCGAGGGAUCAACCGUUUGCUCAUAUCAAUGAUGGAGAUGCGAUUGAUAAGAUUGCGAGUUUGCAUAUUCGUCGUGGGUUGACACGCUGGGCGGUCAUUUUUGGUGUUUUUGCGAUAGGGUUGAUGUGGGUUUUAUACAAGUAG